GAAAAGAAAACAAAACAACCUGGACCAGAACAUUUUGGUCUUUGGUUCACACUCGGGUCGGAUGCGUAUUGAAGUUGGCUUUACCUUUGUCCAGUUUUGUCAUCUGUUCUUGCUUAUCAAUGAAUAGCCGUACAAAGUUUCCUGUAAUCGCUUCAAAACAGCCUUUGUCUAUUGCCCUUAAACAGCCCCCUUUCGUCUUCAUUUUGUUACAUCCGUUGCUUUUCUCAAUUGUAAGUGAAAGUUUGUUUUUAUUUUCCAACUGGGUACUCCUUAAUUUCUCCAAUUGGACCAGAAAAUUGCUUAAAAUCUAUAUAUAAAGAAGAAAAAGAAAAGGCCCCAUGAACGCAAAGCUUGAGUCUUGAAAACCAAACCCAGUUGAGAGAAGAUAAUCAAAAUGCUCUCAAAGUCGUCUUUUACUCAUUUGAAGGCGUCACAAGCUGCAAAGUUGGCAUCACAUGCAAGGGAUUAUUCAGAGUAUCAUAAAUCUCGAUUCAAGAUAGUGGGACAGUCUUUGGGGGAUAGAUGGAAGCUCCAUGACUUAAAAACUGAUGCAGUGCAAGAAAAGUUCAAUGCAUUGUUCCAGAAGACCCAAAAGUUUUUUAAUGAAGUUUCUACACUAACCACUAGCCAGAGUAGAAAGCCUGUUCCUGAAAAUUCUUUUGAUGAUUCUGCCAUGGAGAACAUAUUUGUGGCAGAGCAGACCAUCAACAGCAAAAUGCCACAAGGGAUUCUCUCUUUAGCUGCUAUUGUAUCUAUUGAGCAAUUUAGCAGGAUGAAUGGUUUGACUGCGCUAAAAAUGCAGAAAAUAUUUAAAGCACUUGUUCCUGAAUCUGUAUACAGUGAUGCCCGUAAUUUGGUUGAAUACUGCUGCUUUAGGUUCUUAUCAAGGGAUGGUUCAGAUUUUCAUCCUUCCCUUAAGGAACCUGCAUUCCAGAGACUUGUAUUCAUAACAAUGCUGGCAUGGGAGAAUCCUUACUGUGAAGAGCCUGUCAGCAGUUCAGAAAAAGCUUCAUUUCAGGGAAUGCUAGUUAAAGAGAAAGCCUUUGUUCGUAUUGCUUCUGCUAUUUCUGGGGUGGCGGAUCGGUCAACAGCGCAUAGUCUAUAUAAGGCUCUUGCUGGUGAGGAAGAGGGCAUCUCUUUGGGCUUGUGGCUGACUUAUAUCAGGGAACUUCUCAGAGUGCACGAAAAGCGGAAAUCAUACCAAAUCGAAGAAUGUUCCCACCUUUCUGAGGAGAGAGUCUUGUGCAUUGGUUCCAACCAGGAACAGCCUAUUCUAAAGUGGGAGGAUCAUAUGGCAUGGCCAGGGAAGCUUACUCUGACCAAUAAAGCAAUCUAUUUUGAGACAGUUGGACUAUUAGGCCAGAAAGGUACUAUAAGGCUUGAUCUUAGUAGUCAAGGGGCACAUGUAGAAAAAGCAAAAGUUGGACCCUUGGAUUCUAUUCGCUUUGACUCUGCAGUCUCUAUUUCUUCUCCUCUCAAGUCGAAACCAUUAGUGGUAGAAUUUGUUGACUUGGGAGGUGAAAUGAGACGAGACGUCUGGCAUGCACUUAUUAGUGAAGUUAUUGCUUUGCACCAAUUCAUCUGUGAUUAUGGACCCGAGGAUGAUGAUGAUGGAUUGAUGUCUUAUGUCUAUGGCUCUCACAAAGGGAAGGAAAGAGCAAUUACCAGUGCUAUCAAUGGUACAGCUAGACUCCAGGCCCUUCAAUUCAUGCGGAAGUUAGUGGAUGAUCCCAUCAAACUUGUUCAGUUCUCAUAUCUCAAGUUUGCGCCAUAUGGUGAUGUAGUCUAUCAAACUCUAGCAGUAAAUUACUGGGGUGGACCCCUUGUUAAAAAGUUUGUAGAUAGACAACCAGUACGAGCAAGAUCUUCUAAUGAAGUAGGUGAAAAUAGUUGCCAUGCUUUCGAUAUAGAUGGAAGUGUUUACUUGCGGAAGUGGAUGGGGUCUCCUUCUUGGUCUUCCACUGAUUCCAUUAAUUUCUGGAAAAACAAUUCAUCAAGAGGAGUAGUUUUAAGUAAAAAUCUUGUUGUUGCUGAUGUAACUCUUACGGCCAAGGCAGCAGAAACUUGCAGACAAAAAUGUGAGAUGAUUGAAACAACCCAGGCCACAAUUGAUGCAGCAAUGCUUAAAGGGAUACCUAGUAAUAUUGAUCUUUUCAAGGAACUUGUGCUUCCUCUCACUAUUGCUGCCAAGAAGUUUGAAAAGCUUAGGUGCUGGGAGGAGCCACACUUGACGGUUUCUUUUCUUGCAUUCACCUAUGCGGUAAUAUUCAGGAAUUUGCUGUCAUAUGUAUUUCCUACAUUGUUGAUAAUUUCAGCUGCGAGCAUGUUGUCACUGAAGGGGCUAAAAGAGCAAGGCCGCCUUGGACGAUCCUUUGGAAAAGUUACUAUCCGCGAUCAGCCACCUUCAAAUACUAUUCAGAAGAUUAUAGCAGUAAAGGACGCAAUGCGCGAUGUUGAAAAUUAUCUACAGGGUAUCAAUGUCACACUGCUGAAAGUACGAACAAUUAUCCUUUCCGGUCAACCUCAGGUUACUACUGAGGUUGCUCUUGCCUUGUUGGCCGGUGCAAUCAUUCUCCUCACGGUCCCUUUCAAGUAUGUUCUAGCAUUUCUCAUCAUGGAUCUCUUCACACGGGAGCUCGGGUUUCGAAAGGAAAUGGUGAAGAAGUUCAUGAGUUUCUUAAAGCAGCGGUGGGACAUGUUGCCCGCAGCCCCUGUAGUGGUACUGCCAUUCGAAAGUGACGAGUCAACAUCGAAACCUCAAGUGAAAGGAACCAAGGACCAAGCUAAGUUAAAGUUAGGAAACCCUCAAAACAAGAGCAACGUUGUAUAGACCUGGCAUCAUCUUCCCGGUAAUGCUAAAAGGCUCUUUGUAUAUAGAUCAAAGAAUAUUUGAUUAUAAUACAACUAUUCUUGUUUAUUUUAUUUAUUGUUAUCAUAUAUAUUUUCUUUUGA